AUGGUCGGCGCCGGGAUGCGGCCUGGGUGCCUCGUCUCCGUGUCACUGAUUUCUUUGAGCAGUGACCAAUUAGAUGGAUUCCCUCUAGACAAUUUAUUUGAGGAGUGCAAGAGAUUCUUUGGUCUUGAUGUGGACAAUGAUCUCCUGUAUGGUGAAGCUGGGAGAACCUUUGUGGUUGCCACAGUUUUCCCCUCACGUGAGGUUCAAAAGAAUUGCGUCAAGCUCUCUUGGGAUCUUGCAUGUGUUUUGGGAUGCCCUUCAGUAGGUCGACUGUUAUUUAUUAGCACCAUAUAUACACAUCAGACCCCAAAGCAUAGUGAUGGUGCCGAUAUUUUACGGGUAAUAAAAUGUAAGAAUCUUUACCUCAGUCUAGUUCCACCUGAGGUUGGAUCUGCCAGUAGCAAUGAAUCAGAGUCUGACUGCUGUCCUGAAAGAAAUGAAAUGGUUAUGGAGACAUGUAAGAAGAUACCUUCUGCUCCACUGCAUAGGAAGGAGUCCUUGUACUUUUCAUUCAACAGUGGCUCUUCAAUGUGCUUGGAUCAAACCACUGCAAGAUCAGCAUUAGCAGAUGAAGAAGUUAACGAGUUGUUGCAGACUUCAGCUCAACGGUGUCUUAAUGAAUUUGUUGAUGGCUCUGCCCAAGGUGAUUUGUGCAAGAAAGGGAAUACACUGUCUACUGCAGAAGACUCAGCUAACUUGGGGAAAACCCUAGUUUCGUUCCUUGUUGAUAGAACCACAAAAGUCCACCUGUCUGAUUCUUUUUGCACAGAGAAGCUUCGCCCAGAUAAGCUAGAUUUACCGUUGGAACUUGAAUGUGACAAAAGAAAUGAAGUUUCCAAUCAUGCUCCAAUGCUUGGUGGAUACAAAGGUGUUCUUCUUUAUGGUCCACCUGGAACAGGGAAAACUUCUCUUGCCUCUUCCUGUGCCUAUGAUGCAGGAGCCAACCUUUUUACAGUCAACGGACCAGAGAUCAUUAGUAAUUAUUACGGUGAAAGUGAGCAAUCUCUGUAUGAUGUUUUCAGUUCAGCUAAGAAAGCUGCGCCUGCUGUGGUAUUUAUUGAUGAAUUGGAUGCAAUUGCUCCAUCAAGGAAGGAAGGGAGCGAGGAGUUAUCUAUUAGAAUGGUGGUCACUCUGUUAAAACUGAUGGACGAGAUAGGUCCUAGUGAUUGUGUUCUCUUAAUUGCGGUUACUAAUCGGCCUGAUAGUAUCGAUCCUGCACUGUGGCGUUCUGGAAGAUUGGAUAAAGAAAUUGAAAUAGGAGUACCAUCUGCCGCACAGAGGAUGGACAUACUUCGCCACCUUCUAAUUGAAGUUCACCACUUUCUCAGUAAUGAGGAACUUGAGUCUAUUGCUCUAGCUAUCCAUGGGUUUGUGGGUGCGGAUCUAGCCGCACUAUGCAAUGAGGCUGCAUUGAUUGCUCUUCGCCGUUUCAUCAGCCUAGGAGAAAAUUCGAGUCUACAACUUGGUCAACCUGACUCUAGUGUAGAUAAGUGUAUUCGAGAUACUGGUCAUCCUGGCUAUCAAGAAAGCUCAUUAUCAUUAUCAACUAUGUCAUUGGAUGAUUGUCCCUCUGAAAAUAGGAAUAACACAAAAAUUAGCAAAUCUUAUGAUGAGAAAGAUGAAAAAAUAUUGUUAGUAAACAAUGGGGACUUUCAGAAGGCUCAAAUGAAAAUUAGACCAAGUGCAAUGCGUGAGGUAAUGCUUGAGGUUCCGAAAGUACGUUGGGAAGAUGUUGGUGGUCAAGCCAGUAUCAAGGAGCAGCUUAUUGAAGCCAUCCAAUUGCCGCAGAAAUACCCAGAAGCAUUUGAGCGUUUAGGGAUCAAACCCCCCAGUGGAUUGCUAAUGAUAGGACCACCAGGUUGCAGCAAGACACUGAUGGCUCGUGCUGCAGCUUCUGAAGCAAAAUUGAAUUUCCUUGCAGUUAAGGGUCCUGAACUUUUCAGCAAAUGGGUUGGUGACUCUGAAAAGGCAGUGAGGUCGCUAUUUGCAAAGGCUAGAGCUAAUGCACCUGCAAUAUUAUUUUUCGAUGAAAUAGAUGGGUUUGCAGUAACUCGUGGGCUUGAAAAUGAUGGCACGUCUGUUGCUGACAGAGUCCUCUGUCAGCUGCUUGUGGAAAUCGAUGGUUUGGACCAGAGAGUUGGUGUAACUGUUAUUGCAGCUACUAAUCGUCCUGACAAAAUUGAUCCUGCACUUCUAAGGACAGGUCGUUUUGAUACGGUGCUUGAUGUGCAACCGCCAAACAAAGCUGACCGGGCAGAUAUUUUCCAGAUUCAUACACGCAGCAUGCCAUGUAGUCCUGACGUGAAUCUGAAGGACCUUGCUAGACUCACCGAAGGCUACACAGGUGCGGAGAUAAAGCUUGUCUGCAGGGAAGCUGCUGUUGCAGCACUUGAUGAGAGCUUUGACUUGGAAGAAGUAGCAAUGAGGCAUUUCAAGUCUGCAAUCAGCAGUGUAAAGCCUUCUGAUGUUGAGUUUUAUCAAAAACUUGCAAAGGAUUUCCGCAGAUAUGUGGAUGGCGGUGCACCCCCGAGGAAGCAAUACUCUAGAAGAUGUAGCUACUCUUCAAAACUUGUAGCGUGUGGCUUGGUAUCGUCGGAGCUGUACGGCAAUGAUGUUGCACAAACUGUCUUCUGGAGCCCGUGA